UGCCCCGACUUAGGAGGGGCGGGGAAGAGGAAACGGGGUGGAAGCUGCCGCGCGCUCCCUGACCUCCUGCCGUGCCCCAGGCCAAGUCCGAGCGCUCGCCAAGCCGCGGCGGGACCUCGCCGGGCUUCGCCCCGAGGCCUCCUCGAGGAAUUCCGACCCGCUGGGCCUGGGGGCAGGGGGUCGUUGGCUCUUCCGGCUCAGGCCUCCCCAGAUCCCUGAAGGCUCGGUCAAAAUGCCCGCAUCGCCCUUGGAUAGACGAAUCCCGGUCUUUUUCCGAGUCUGUUCCUCAGGAUCAAGUUCCUAACACUUUCCAACAAGCACGCUCACUUCAGGUGCUUCUUUACCGUCCAAAUAAUUAGUGAUGGAAACCGGCUUACAGAGGGAUUCAUCCUGAUGUUCUAAUCUGUGGUAUUCCAGUGAUACAGCCAAAAUGUGGAUGCUUAUCUAUUGAAUACCAGUACAGUGCCAUAUUACAGCAGACCAAGCCAGAGUCACUGUCCUUCAGAUUAUAGUCCUGCAGUAAAGAAGAUAUGUCUUCCAGUGGAAAGAAUACUGAGCACACAAACCCUGUACUGAGAAUAAGUCAGCUGGAUGCCCUGGAACUGAACAAAGCCCUGGAACAAUUAGUUUGGUCCCAGUUUACUCGUUGUUUUCAUGGGUUUAAGCCAGGGCUCUUAGCCCGGUUUGAACCUGAGGUAAAAGCAUUUUUGUGGCUUUUCUUAUGGAGAUUCACCAUUUACUCCAAGAAUGCCACUGUGGGACAGUCAAUUAUGAACAUCCAGUACAAGAAUGAUUUUUCUCAAACUCAGAAAUAUCAGCCAUUAAGUAAAAAUCAAAAGUUAUGGUAUGCUAUUUGCACAAUUGGAGGAAGGUGGUUAGAAGAAAGAUGUUAUGAUUUGUUCCAUAACCACCAUUUAGCAUCAUUCUAUAAGAUCAAACAGUGUACUAAUUUCAUUGUUGGACUUUUGAAAUUAAGUAGUUUGGUUAAUUUCCUGAUUUUCCUUCAAAAAGGAAAGUUUGCUACGUUGACAGAGCGUCUCUUAGGUAUUCGAUCUGUAUUUUGCAAACCCCAAAACAUUCGAGAAGUUGGCUUUGAGUACAUGAACAGGGAACUUUUGUGGCAUGGUUUUGCAGAAUUUCUGAUCUUUCUCUUACCACUUAUUAAUAUCCAAAAGUUGAAAGGCAAAUUGUCAUCUUGGUGUAUCCCCAUCACAGGUGUUCCUAACAGUGAUAAUAAAUUAGCCACCCAUGGCAAAGAAUGUUCCCUUUGUGGAGAGUGGCCCACUAUGCCUCAUACCAUAGGUUGUAUACAUGUGUUUUGUUAUUAUUGUGUUAAAAGCAGCUACUUGUUUGACAUGUACUUCACUUGUCCCAAGUGUGGCAUAGAAGUGCGGAGUCUGCAGCCACUGAAGUCAGGGAUCGAAAUGUCAGAAGUAAAUGCUCCUUAGAAAUAGAAUCCACCUUCUUUAAGCAAAAUAGGUAAUACCUAAGAAUGCGUGUCAGAGUCACUAUUUCAAAUCUCUCUAAAGACAUGAUUAAGACACUAAUCCCUGGAAGCUACGUUGUAUCAAAUUUAGUGUGUCAAUUCUACUACACCUCGAAAAUAAAAGUGUCAUUAGUUUGAACUUAACCAAUUUUAGAUUUUUUUUUUAAACAAUUUCAUUUGAAAUAAGGAUUUGUUUUUGGCUUACGCUCAAGUGUUAAUGGCUACUUGCUUACUUUCCUGAAUAACAACUAGUAAGAAUGUUCUUUCCUGCAAAGAAGUUGAGCUAUAAAAAAUACCCUAAUAGCAUGUGGAUGCCUUUAUAAUAACCUUGGGUCACAGGGUCAUAUUUAGAGAUGGACAGAACUUUUCAGCUGACAGGGUCAUAGAUGGAAUGGCCCUUAGAAGCCUUCUAGACCAAUUCUUUCAAGAUUGCUAAGCAACCCCAGGAAAGUUAAGUGACUUGCCUAAGGUCACAUAGCCAGUAUGUAUCAGAAGACGUAUUUGAACCAGGUCCUGUGACUCCAAAGCUAGUUCUCUUUUCGCUACAUCACACUGCCUCAUAAAUCAUCUCAUCUGACCUCCUCAUUUGUACAGAUAAGGAAACUAAAGGCCCCAAGAGGUUCACUGGCUUAUCCCAGAUCACUAAAGUAAAAAAGUAAUUUUUAAUAAGUAAUAUCUAGGAUCUGAACCCAGCUACUCCAGUUCCAAAUCCCGUGCCCUUUCUGCAUCACCACUGGUUGCCAUAGAUUACAUUUGCUAAAUAUUUUUUGGCUAUUUGCAUUAUUUUGAAAUCAUGGCCCAUUAUAGGCAAUUUCCAUAAUAUAUUUGACAAAACACUUGGAAUAAGAAGAGAUUGUAUUUCUUUUGUAUCUAGUUGUAUGAUCACAUUACUUAACCUCUUUGAGCCUUAGUUUCCUCAUCUGUAAAAUGGAGUAAUACCUGUAGUACUUAGCUUAUGGGAUUAUUAUGAGGCUCAUGAGAUUGUGUGUGUGUGUGUGUGUGUGUGUGUGUACACACAUAUGUAUGUAUGUAUGUAUACAUAGUGCUUUGCAAACUUUAAAGUUCUAUAUAAAGUUAGAUGCCUUUACUAUUAUAUUACCUCAUUACUAUUACAUUAUGUUACUCAUUACUGUUAUAUAUUACCUCAUUACUAUUACAUUAUGUUACUCAUUACUGUUAUAUAUUACCUCGUAACCAGACUUAAGCAACAUCUGAAAUUGCUUCUGUCAUGUUUUGUAACUUUUUUUUUUCUUUCAAACUUGCCUAAUGAUCUUUUAGGAAGUAAAGAUAGUUUGGAAAUGAAGAUUAAUUGUAUCUUUAGACUUGUUAUCUACAGAGUUUUUGAUCAUAUACCUCUAUCAGUAAAUGAUUUUUGAAUGUAUACACUUAGUAUGUGUAUAUUUGCUUAGAAAAAUCAUACAUAAAUUUACACAAAAAUACACAUUCUAAAGGUUGUACAAAAACAAAAAAUGAAAAAAUUUGAUUUGUGAACAGUAAAAACAGUCCUCUUCCCAAAUUAUUAAUAAUUGUUAAUGAUAUUAAAAAAAUUUUGGCUUAUUUUGUGAUAGUAAUUCAGAAGUCUUGGUUCUAACUUCAUUUUAUUUCGUUACUUAGUUUUAAUGGCUGUUAUGGCUGGAAAAAAAAUACUUCACAAAGAUAUAUAGCUCUAUGUGGAAGAAGUACACCAUUGGCUUAUAAAAUCACAGCGCUUAUUUGUCAAUCCCAUCCACUAGUUAUACAAAGGUUUUUAUUAAAAUUCAGCUAAUAAUCUUC